UGGCAAUCUGACUAAUAACAAACUGAGCUAACAAGAAAGACUAGAAAGAGCACAGAGAACACAGAAGCAGCUAGGAUCUAAAAAUCGGACCAGCCGAGUGAUCAAUUGUAUGCUUUGUACUUCGUCUUCUGAACAAGGAUUUUGACUAUAUGGAGCUGUAGUAUCACGAGAGCUUUCAGCAAAUAAACUGAGAAGAAAGUAUCUAUUUUUCACAGAAAAAAAUUACAUUGCAUUCACAUGGCUGCUCCAACUGUGCAUUACUGAGCAUUUCAGGGGGUUUUACUGCUGUACAGAAUCUGCUGAGCAAGAUGAAGCUCUGGAUUUUUGUGGUAUGUUCAGUUCUGGUUGCGUCUGAUCCUUUCCAGUCAGAAACAUCUUUUACUAGAAUCAGAGGAUCUUGUCAGAGCUUGUGUUCCUGUGAAGAAAAGGAUGACAUUAUGAUUAUAAACUGUGAAGAAAGAGGCAUCAAGAUGGUGUCAGAAAUAAAUGUCCCACCAUCACGGCCUUUCCAUCUUAAUUUGUUAAACAAUGGCCUGACAAUGCUACAUGUGAAUGAUUUUGCUGGCCUUGUUAAUGCUAUCUCUCUACAUCUUGGAUUUAAUAAUAUUGCAGAUAUUGAGCCUGGGGCUUUUAAUGGUCUCAACCUUCUUAAGCAACUUCAUAUAAAUCACAAUUCUUUAGAAAUACUUAAAGAAGAUACGUUUGAUGGAUUGGAAAAUUUGGAAUUUCUUCAAGCAGACAACAAUUUCAUCACAGUGAUUGAAGCAAGUGCCUUUAGCAAGCUCAGUAGGCUUAAAGUGCUUAUUUUGAAUGAUAAUGCUAUUGAGUACCUUCCUCCAAACAUAUUUCGUUUUGUGCCAUUGACUCAUUUAGAUCUUCGGGGAAACCAGUUACAGACACUACCAUAUGUUGGCUUUUUAGAACACAUCGGUAGAAUACUAGACCUUCAGUUGGAAGAUAAUAAAUGGGCUUGUAACUGUGAUUUGCUUCAGCUGAAGACAUGGCUGGAAAACAUGCCUCCUCAGUCAAUAAUAGGAGAUGUUGUAUGCAAUAGUCCUCCAGUUUUCAAAGGCAGCAUAUUAAACAGGUUGAAAAAAGAAUCGCUUUGUCCCAUUCCUACUGUCAAUGAACUUGAAGAUCCUUCAGGGUCACUGCCCUUGGUUGUAACCACCUCUGUAAGUGAUAGUCACCUGUCAACUAAGGUCAUUCCUAUACUGAAAGCUCCUACUAAAGAAACAAAUUUAAUGCUUCAUACUUCAAAACCAACUACCCAAUUUCCAGGAAUCUAUUGUCCCAUUCCCUGUCACUGCACCAGCCAUAUGCUCUCAGGAGUUCUUAUGCACUGUCAGGAGCGAAAUAUUGAAAGCCUGUCUGAUUUAGGACCUCCUCCUACAAAUCCUAAAAAACUUAUUCUAGCAGGAAACAUUAUUCAGACAUUACUUAAGUCAGAUCUUAUGGACUAUGCUAGUCUGGAAAUGCUUCAUCUGGGGAACAAUCGUAUUGAAAUCCUUGAGGAAGGAGUUUUCAUGAAUCUGACUAGACUGCAGAAACUGUAUCUCAAUGGCAAUCAUCUUACAAAGCUGAGUCAGAAUCUUUUCCUUGGCCUUCAGCACCUUGAAUACUUGUACCUUGAAUAUAAUGCCAUCAAAGAAGUUUUACCAGGGACAUUUAAUACAAUGCCAAAUCUUAAGGUCCUCUACUUAAAUAAUAACCUUUUGCAGACUUUACCACCCCAUAUCUUUUCUGGGGUGCCACUUGCCAGAUUAAAUCUGAAAACAAACCAGUUUGCUCAUUUGCCUGUGAGCAAUGUCUUGGAUGAACUGGAUAUGUUGGUACAAAUUGAACUUGAAGACAACCCCUGGGACUGUACAUGUGAUUCAGUUGGACUGCAAAAAUGGAUACAAAAGCUGAGUAAGAGUACAAUGAUGGGUGACAUUUUCUGUAAAUCUCCAGGACACUUAGAAAAAAAAAAACUGAAAUCCCUCAACAGUGAAGUCUUGUGUCCAGAUUUAAUAAACAGCCCUGCCCUACCAACUCAUGCCAGUUUUGUUGUUAUAGCAACUUCUACUUCUACUACUAGCAACACUGCAGACACCAUCCUGCAGUCGCUUACAGAUGCUGUCCCACUUUCUGUUCUAAUACUGGGACUGCUAAUUGUAUUUAUAAUUAUUGUAUUUUGUGCAGCAGGAAUAGUUGUUCUUGUUCUGCAUCGGCGGCGAAGAUGUAAAAAGAAACAAGCCAAUGAACAAAUGAGGGAUAGUAGCCCAGUUCACCUUCAGUACAGUAUGUAUGGGCAUAAAACAACACAUCACACAACAGAGCGUCCAGCUGCAGCUCUCUAUGAGCAACGUAUGAUUACUCCCAUGGUUCAGGUCUAUCACGGCCCAUCCUUCAGCCCAAAGCAUACUGAACAACAAGACGAGGAAAAUGAGAGAGCAACUAAUGAUUCCAAGCAUCUCUGCAGAAGUCUCCUGGAAAGAGAGAAUAGUUCACCACUUACUGGUUCAAAUGUCAAAUAUACGGCUGCAGAUCAAUCUGCAGAAUUUCUGUCUUUUCAAGAUGCCAGCUGCUUGUACAGAAACAUUCUUGAAAAAGAGAGGGAACUGCAGCAACUUGGAAUCACAGAGUACUUAAGAAAAAAUAUUGUUCAACUCCAGCCUGAAAUGGAAGUACAUUAUCCUGGAACACAUGAGGAACUAAAACUAAUGGAAUCACUGAUGUACUCCAGACCAAGAAAGGUUUUUUUAGAACAAACUAAAAAUGAGUAUUUUGAACUCAAGGCUAAUUUACAUGCUGAGCCUGACUACCUGGAAGUCCUUGAGCAGCAAACAUGAAGUGAUAAUACAUUGGGCUUGGGCCAAAUUUCUGUAUUCCAUUUUAAGUUGGAACUGUUGAAAAUAAAAGUGCCUUGUAAUGACAUGUCAACAGUUAGAACUUAAGCACAGCAGUAAUCCUAGCAAAAAAACAAACAAACAAACAAAAAAACCUAAAAAACUCAGGGAUCACUGUGGGAAGCCAUGCGGUUGUGUGUAGACAAUAUGUCUCAAGUUAAACACGAAUUGUGUGAUUGAACUGUGAGAGGAAGAUUGCUUGUUGCAAUAUUACUUAGCAUUUUUUAAAGGUGUGUAUGGCAUUCUCUUUUGUGUACCUAACCUAUGAAAAAAUGUUUGUUACCUGUACUCUCUGGUUUUCCCCUAGUUUAAUUAGAUUCCUUAAAACAAACACAAAAAGAAAAAUAAACAAGCCCUCACACCUGUGUUUGUAGUUAGAAGCUUAGAGUGUAUUAAGUGUUAGUACUGCAUACAUGACCAUUGUCUACAACCACACCUAACGUACUCUUAUAAUAAAUAUGAAAGGAUUUAAAAUGUUGUCAUGCUAAAUAUCCGUUAAAAACAAACAAACAAAAGAACAAAAUUCGUGUAUCCAUCCACUGACAGAGAGCCUGCGUGUAUUUAAUAUUUUAUAUGGAACUUCAUCAUAUGGAUUCUUUGUCAGUAUGAGGAACAAAAAAUAUAUGUGUUUACCCAACAUCUUACAAGAAGAACUGCAAGCCUUUUGAUACCCUAUCUGAUAGCUUUAUUAAGUUUGGACAAUCUUUUCUUAAGCUGCUGCUAUAAAAUAUUGUGCAUCACUGGUGUUUCAACUCACGAUCAUGAGCAAUUGGAAAAAAUAUUGAGGUUCAGCUGUAUAUAUUGCUGUAUUUAAUAAGUUUGAUUUUUAUAUAUCUAUCUAUAAAUAUAAUUUCUGUGCUGGCUUUAACUAUCCUUGGAGGAAAUUAGUUUGCUGCAACUAGGAACUUCCAGGUGAAAAAGCAGGUUCUUUCCUUCACUACCCAAAAGCAAUUUCCAAAUAGAAUAACUACAACAAAAUAUAUGUGUGAGGAACAGUAAUAGUAUUUAGCUGUUGUUUGUACAAUAUUGUUAUAUUUUGCAGAAUCUAGAAGAAAGUAAAGUGUUGUGGGAAAAAAUACAAAAAGUAGAACAUGUCAGAUUUAUUUUUGCAAUGAA